AUCUAUAUUUUCAUCUCGAUUAUUCUAGUUUACACUUCUCGGCCCCCAGUCGUAGUUCAGGUUAAUUUGAAACAGAUUGAUUAAGAAUACCUAAGAUGAAUAUCAACCAGGACCUAUUCGCCACAUUUGCCUUCCAUGCUGGGCUCAUGGCCGUUAAAACAUUGGGGAUGGCUUUUGCAACAGUCAAACAGAGGAUCUCAAAUAACAAUGUUAUGACAAAAGAAGACGCUAGCAUGAGACCUGGAGCAAAGAUAGGCGUUGGAGUGAAUGAGGAUGUAGAGAGAGUACGACGAGCUCAUCAAAACGAUAUAGAGAAUAUAUUUCCCUUCCUUACCCUGGGAUUUCUCUAUCUAUUCACCAACCCUGCUCUUUCCACUGCUACAUCUGUGUUCAGGAUUUUCUCCGGUGCAAGAAUUAUGCACACUAUUGUUUAUCUAUGGGAGGUUCCACAGCCAUCCAGAGCUAUCGCAUUCUUCGCUGGAAUGGGAGCUAAUCUGUAUAUGGGAUACAAGGUUCUUUCUACAUUCGCCUCUGCUAUGUAAACUGAGGAGCUACGAGGUCACAAAGUUUUACCAGUAACGUCGCAUAAACUUGUUAAAACAAAUUCGAAAUAUAAGGAAGACGAUUGUUCCGACUCAAAUGCCGAUGUCAAUUCCCUGGAUGUGUGUGUACACUGAAUACACAGAAUCCUUUUCCGCCAUACAACACACCCCACAUGUCAAAUCUCCGCUCAACCUAGCUCCCGCUUCACCAGUCAGUCAGCGGAAAACACUCACGAGAUUCACAACUCCGUCUCAACCCUGGCUCCUUUGUGAUGAUGAUUCAGAUACGGAACCAACAACAGAAGACACUGCUUACACCUAGCUCCGCGCUCCACAAAGUUCCAGAGAUCCGGGCGGAACCAGACUUCCUUCCAUUAUCCUGUAUACAGGAUAAGUCCGCAAUCUCUCCCUCCCACAGGAGAAGGUAACAAUAGUUCGCUCCGCAGGAGAAGGUAACAAUAGUUCGCUCCGCAGGAGAAGGUAACAAUAGUUCGCUCCGCAAUGUUCCAGAGAUCCGGGCGGAACCAGACUUCCUUCCAUUAUCCUGUAUACAGGAUAAGUCCGCAAUCUCUCUCCCUUAGACUAA